GGUUAGUUUUACUCCAUUUUUACUAUUGCUUCUGUUCGGUGGAGCAGAGAGAAGAAGGGCACUGACAGAGGAGAUGAGGAAGAGAAGGAGGGCAGCGAUGGAGGAGAUGAGGAGGAGGUGCUCAGCAGAGGAGAGAAACCACUUUCCCGAAGAUGAUCUGUUCUGUUUUGAGCCAAUCAGAUGAGGUAGAUGGUGAAGAUCGGCGGAAGAGAAGAAGUGCAGUGACAGAGGAGAUGAGGAGGAGGUGCUCAGCAGAGGAGAGAAACCACUUUCCCGAGACGAUCUGUUCUGUUUUGAGCCAAUCAGAUGAGGUAGAUGGUGAAGAUCGGCGAAAGAGAAGAAGUGCAGUGACAGAGGAGAAGAUCGACGGACGAACGGUGGAAGAGAAAUCGACGGACGAUCGGCCAAGAGAAGAUCGGCGGAUGAUCGGCGGAAGACCCUUCUGCAGUUCUGUUGCCCGGGCGAGCAUGGCGGGUCGCACGAGUCCAGCGGGUAGGACGGGCUUGCCGGGUUUCAACGGGUUUCAACGGGCCAUUCACCUAAACGGGCUGAAGCCUUCAACCGGCCCGUUUUCAGGCCCGGGCUGUAAUUGCCGAAACAUUCCUAUGCUGAAGGAAGGCUCCAGGGAGGCCAUGGCGGCAGCUGCAGUUCCUGAAGAUGGAGAAUUCGGCGUGGUUGCAUCGAAUUCAGGGGAGGAAGAUAAGGAGAGGAUCAAUGAAGGCAAUCGGAGCUUUGGAGGGAAACGGUGGCCAAAGCAGGAGACUCUGGCCUUAUUGAAGAUACGUUCCGAUUUGGAUGCCGCCUUUAGCGACUCAUGUCUUAAAGGUCCGUUGUGGGAGGAAGUUUCCCGGUGAGCACACUUAAUUCUCCGCCGGCAGACUUGAAAUUCCCAUCGAAUUCAUGCAUGAAUUUAUUACCAGAUUUGAUUUUAUUUGACUGUGAUAAGUUUAUGAAUGGAAUACUAUUUCUGUAUAUUUCUUUGAAAAAGAUCAGUACAUCAUAUAUACAAGGAAUCAGAGUAAAAGACGACUAAAUCAAUUGAGUUAAAUCAG